ACUAAAAAGAUCUUAUUUUUCUCAUCCAAAUUCUGCAUGGAGAGUUCAAUGAACAAAGCGUUCAUGACGAGCAAGCAUGAAACGACAACGUUUUCAAGCGACCAAACUCCAGAAGAAAGUAGCUGGACAAUGUAUUUCGAAGAUUUCUUUGAGUCUUCUUCAAGUAUUGUCGAUGUCGGGGAGUUCAGCUCUUCCUCCGUCUCCGAUGCAAUGUCUUUCGUAGAGACUAAGAAGACCAUCCACGUUUCUAAACAAGAAGCAUCUAAUUCUUCAAACAAAUUCAACACUAAGAGGACACGAAAUAGAGAGAUUCCUUUUGGUCGUCAUCAUGAUCUUGAAGACACUGCCUCUUCUCCCUCACGCAGCCCUAACGUCUAUAGCAUCUCGUUGGACGACAACACGAGACACGGGGGUGGCGUAGUUGGUGAAAACACAAAUAAUGUAGUUGGUGUUAACACGUCAACUACAGUUGAACUUUGUAUAUUUAAAGUUGGAGUUGAUCCAUCAUAUGUUAUACAAAUUAUUUUCUAUAUCUCACAACCUUUUUUUUUUUUUUUUUGGUUUAAAUAUAUCUCACAAUCUUACCAUGCGGUAAUUUUACAUAGGUAGUGAAAGGAGAUAGUGCAGUGCACAACCAAGUUGGAUUAUCAGUAGAUUUGAAGCAAAAAGGGCUUUGUUUGGUUCCCAUGUCUA